ACUCUUAGAAUUAUGCUUUCUAACGUCACUUUAUAGAAAGAAGUAGAUUCAGAUUUGCCCAUUUAAAUAAGUAAUUUUUAAUUUUGGUAUUGGUCAUUCUACAAUUUGACUAUGUAAUUGUUGAUUAACAUUUAUCGAAAGUCAUUCACUAAAUCUACAUACUAUAGGUUAAUUGGUCAAAAUUUUGUGUGUAAUAAUAUAUUGCUAUAUUGAAUACUGUUUCAUAAAAUUAGAAAGUAUGUAUGAAAAAAAUAAUUUUAAAGUACAAAAUAAACAUAUUUUACACAGUAGUAUAUUUAAUCCAACGUUAAGAGGCUGGCAAAGUAUUAAAUGUGAAAUUACUCCAAAGAAUUUAAUGUAUCCACUGUUUAUUGUAGAAGACGAUAAUGCUGUUCAGCCAAUCAAUAGCAUGCCGGGAAUUUCUAGAUAUGGGAUAAAUAAACUAAAACAACACCUGGAAGGUAUUAUUAAGAAUGGAUUACAGUCUGUCCUACUUUUUGGGGUAAUUGAAAAUCUGCCUAAGGAUGAUGUGGCAACACAUGCAGAUAGUCCUGAUAAUCCUGUAAUGAGAGCGCUUCCCAAAAUAAAAAGUUGGUUUCCAAAUUUGACUAUAGCUUGUGAUGUAUGCUUAUGUCCUUACAGUUCCCAUGGCCAUUGUGGAAUUCUUAAGCCUGAUGGAACUUUAGACAAUACUGCUAGUCUUAAGAGAAUUUCUGAUGUAGCUCUAGCUUAUGCAAAAGCAGGAGCAGACAUCAUAGCACCAUCAGAUAUGAUGGAUGGAAGAAUAGGAGCGAUUAAGACAAAAUUAGUAAACAGUGGAUUACAAGAAAAAGUGGCAAUUUUAUCCUACACUGCCAAAUUUGCAUCCAGUUUUUAUGGUCCAUUUAGAGAUGCCGCAAAGUCAAAACCAGCCCAUGGAGAUCGGAAAUGCUAUCAGUUACCCCCAACCAGUACAGGGCUGGCUAUAAGAGCAGCAGAACGAGAUAUAACUGAAGGUUCUGAUAUGCUUAUGGUGAAGCCCACUAUGAUAUACAUGGACAUUUUGAAAGAACUAAAAGAAAAACACCCGGAAUAUCCAAUGUUUGCAUAUCAAGUAUCUGGGGAAUAUGCUAUGAUUUACCAUGCGGCCUCAAAGGGAAAUGCAGAAUUAAAAAUAGUACUAAUGGAAGUUCUGGAGUCAAUAAGAAGAGCAGGUGCUGAUGUAAUUAUAUCCUACUUCACCCCAGUUGUGUUAGAGUGGUUACAACCCAAAAAUAAGUUAUGAAUGGCUGAAAGUAAUAAAUUAAUUUAGAAAAUUGUUAUAUUUUUUUGUUUAAUAAAAAUGUUUUAGCUCAA